AUGGACGAAGAGUAUAGAAACACGCUUCUCUCCUGCACUCAAAUGUUCUUGAUAUUCUCACUGGCUUCUAUCUUUCAAGUUCAAAACUUCUGCAUCCAGCUAUCCGGAUGUAUGAUGGUCGUUUAUUACUUGGUCAUCUACUGGUACAUCUUCUGUUCCGAAAGAAUCUCUCAUCGGGUUUUCAACAUCCAGGCUAUUAUCUUCACUCUGUUCAGUGGGAUUGUUGGUCACUGGACAGUCAUGAAAACUGAUGUCUCACCGACUGACUACAUCUUCUUUGUGGGCAUUUUCCUGACCUUCGUUUUCCACUGUAACUCCAUGGCGACUCAUUACGAGAAUGGACGUCAACAGGACGAGAGAGCCGGGAUGAAUGCUGUCAGGGGAAGAGGAAGAGGAAGAAGAAACAUGUGA